AUAGUUAAAGAAUUGUUGGUAAAAGUAUCUACCAAAAGUGAUGUUUAUAAUGCUGAUGCUGAUUGGUGCUCUGAAGAUAUGUUACCAAAAGGCACUAAAUGUAGAGCUGAAGGCAUGAAAGCUAUGGCAAGAUGGCUUAUUGGCUUAAAAAAUGAUAAAGUAUCUGCUCAAAAAACUUUUAGAAUGUUUAAUGCUUUUUUGUCACAAAAAGGUGACCUUACACAAUCUGGAAUUUUAUCAAAAUCCGAAUUAGCCUGGUUACGAUUACAAGCUGGUUGUUCAAUGUUGAAAAUUUGUGAACAAAAAGGUGUUGGAGAUCAAUAUACAGCUGAACAAUUUUUUUUGCUUUCAAGACUUAUGAUGGAUGAAGUUUUACAAGUACGAGAAAUUUUUGCUGCAAAACUCCAUAAAGGUUUAGGCAGAGGUUUACCAUUCAAAUGUCUACCAUUAGAUUUUAUGGGAAUGUAUGCUUUAGCUGGACUCGAAGCUGAUGAACGAUUAAGGGGUAAAAUUUAUGACUAUGUAUUGAAAGAUAUUAAUAGAAGACGAGAAUAUGCCCGAAAUUUGACCCAAGGAUCUGCUACUUGUUCAAUUGAAAAAGCUAUGGCACAAUUACCUCAUAUUUUGCCUGAUUAUAUGUUAUUAUUUGCUAUUUCAAUUUUAACACACUCUCCUGUGUAUAAAGAUAAUAGAGAUGAGGAAAGUCUGACAUUAAUGCAACAAUGCUUAUGGUUUAUACUUGAACCACUUAUCACUAAAAAUGACUCUUAUAAUUUUGGUUUUUACAAAGAGAUGUUGGAAAGAGUUAAGAAUUAUGUUGAUGCUGUAGAACCAACUAAUGAAACAGUCAAUGCGAAAAUGUGGGCUCUUUGUGAUUUAGCAAUGAGUGUAUUAGUAGUGCAUACUAGUACUUUUGAAACCUCUCCAUUUUCCGAAAUAAGAAUAUCAGCUAUGUUCUUUAAGAGGCAUGACGAUCCCAUGUUUGUAAAUGUAAAAGUGUACUUGCCAGAAAAAUUCCAAAUUAAGCAAGUAAAUAACAAUGGAAAGAAAACAGGACUCUCAGCUGCCUUAAGAACUACAAAAACUAGAGCUCAAAAACAUAAUAUUCCAACUAAUCGACUUAAUGAAUCUAAAGUAAAUAAUGAUGUACCAGAUUCCACUACGUUGGAUAUGUCUGUUGAAAGAGAAGAAGAAGAAGAAGUUAUUGAACCCAAACGUAGAAGAACAACACGUAACAAUAAUUUUAGUUGAACUUUAUUAAGUAUUGACUUAAAUGUAAUUUAAAAUUGUUAUAUACUAAAAAUUGUUAAUAAUUAUUUAUUUUGUUAAUAUUUUCUAUAUAAUUUUUUAAAAUUUUGAACUCUUAAUAUCAUUUUCGUGUAACUAUUUUUAAGUGACAUUUUGGUAUCAGUCUUGUCCACAAAACAUAAAUAAAUGUAUAAGACUUUUCUUCUCUAUUAAAAUAUAUCCUGAACUGUAUUCCACUAUGCUU